AGCUUUUCCAGCUGACCCCAUUUUCACUCUAUUGUAACAAAAACUUUGUAACUCUUUUUAUCUGCAAUCUCCACUGCCAAAGUCUGACUCAACUUCAGCCAUUAAAUUCAUACGCAGAGAGAAUGAGGAUUGUGGUGUCCCUGUGACAGAGAAUUGAAGUUUAUUUCAAUUUCUUGAUGGGCAAACACAGGUUUAGAUUCUCAGAUAUGAUCCCAAAUUCCUGGUUUUACAAGCUCAAAGACAUGGGCAAAACGAGACCUUCACGUUUCUCCUCUCAUCAGAAUAACAAAAAAAUCCCCCCAAAAUCAUAUUCAACUUCACAAAAUCCUCAUAUUUCAUUUCCAAGGUACUCUUAUUACUUCAGCCCACAAACCGUUAAACCUCAAAAAUUAUACAACUCUCCAGUCAAUUCCAAAGCAUCUGAUACUCAUUUUCCUGAUCCUUCAAACAAGAAAAACACUAAAAGAAGAACAAUUUACAAGCCGUCUCCUAGACAUUUCUCUUCCAAUAAGUCUCAAGACUCCUCCUGUAUUUCUUCUCCUGAGAGUUCCAAUGAAGCUUCCGAGGACGACAGCUUUUGCAAUUUUGAACUUACUUCUUCAACUACUGAUAUAAUCAUCGACCUCAACGACAACAAGUUCUUUUCUGGCAAACUCAAGAAUCUAAACGGGUUCAACGCCAUUUCAGAAAUGGAUCUUCCCCCAAUAUUAACAAAGCCACCAAAAGUUAAUGCUCAUCAAUCUCUUCCUGUCAAGAUUGUGAAGGAUGGAAGUGUGAAGACUCAGAAGGAGCAAAGAGAGAAUACUGAUGUCAUCCGAAAGUCGCCAUCAUCAAACUCUCCAGGGAUAAAGUUGAAAGCGAGAGCGAAUUCUCCAAGAAUCGGAAGCCAGAAAGUCCGAGCUGCUUGUUCAAGAAAGAGCAUAUCAAGAAACAAGGGGUUUUCGGAGAGCUUUGUGGUGGUGAAAUCGUCGAUUGAUCCGCAAAGUGAUUUCAGGGAUUCAAUGGUGGAGAUGAUUCUGGAGAAUAAUCUUCGAACUUCAAAGGAUUUGGAAGAUCUUCUUGCUUGUUAUCUAUCGUUAAAUUCCAAGGAAUAUCAUGGUGCUAUCGUUAAGGCUUUUGAGGAAACCUGAUGCAAAGCUCUAAAUUAUUAAGCCUGUGCAUUUUAUUUGUUAUGUUUCAAGAAUAAUAUGGGUGGUCGCGCGGCGGGAAUGGUU